AUGAUUAGAACAACAUUUAAAAUCAACGGACGGGCUCACAGCUUCCGCAAGUUUCAUCAGUCUCACAGAAUUCUUUCUCAGAGUCAAGAUUUCAUCAAUACCAUCAUCAAGCCAUACACAGCUACUACAUAUGCUAGACCAGAUAUUGUAUUUACCCACGGAAAAGGGUCAUAUUUGUAUGAUUUGGAAAACAAGGAGUAUAUUGACUUUAUUGCAGGUAUUGCUGUAACAUCUUUAGGUCAUUCUAAUCCCGAUGUUACCGAAUUAAUCCUGAAUCAAGCGGGCACAUUAAUUCACUGUUCCAAUUUAUUUUACAAUUUGCAUGCUGGAGAAUUGUGCAACAAGUUAGUGACGAAGACCAUCGCCAGUGGAGGAAUGCACGAUGCUUCCCGAGUUUUCUUGUGUAACUCAGGAACCGAAGCCAACGAAGCUGCUCUCAAAUUUGCCAGAAAACAUGGAAAAAGCUUUAGUGAAGAUAAGUUUGAGCUCAUCACUUUUGAAAACUCGUUUCACGGGAGGUCUAUGGGUGCAUUAUCUGUAACUCCUAACCCAAAGUACCAAGCACCGUUUGCACCAUUAAUUCCUGGGGUCAAGGUGGCUAAGGCUGGAGAUAUCGAAAGUGUCAAGGCUGUUAUUAGCGACAAAACCUGUGGAGUAAUAAUUGAACCCAUUCAAGGAGAAGGUGGUGUCACUCCAAUUGAUGGAGACUUUCUCAUCCAGUUGCGUCAAUUAUGUACGGAAAACAACGCCGUGUUAAUCUACGAUGAGAUCCAAUGUGGUUUGGGCCGGACUGGAAACUUGUGGGCUCAUUCUACACUUCCAACUGAAGGACAUCCAGAUAUUGUCACCAUGGCCAAGACCUUAGGAAAUGGGUUCCCGGUUGGGGCCACAUUGAUCAAUGAAAAGAUAGAGAAUGUAUUGAAGGUUGGUGACCAUGGAACUACUUAUGGUGGUAAUCCCUUGGGUGCAAAAAUUGGUCUGUUUGUGGUUGAUAAAGUCAGUGACAAAGAAUUCUUGCAAGGAGUAACGUUGAAGUCGGAGAAAUUUGUGGCUGGUCUUGGAAAGAUUGCUGAACGCUAUCCAGACCUUGCUAAAGUCAAAGGAAGGGGACUUUUGUUGGGAUUACAAUUUGAUGAGAGGGUCGAUAUUAACCAAAUCAUCGCUGAGUGUCGUGACAAUGGAUUAUUAUUAUUAAGUGCUGGAAUGAACGUCAUUCGGUUUGUCCCUGCUUUGAAUGUCCCAGACGAAGUCAUCACCGCUGGUCUUGAAAUCUUCUCAACAGCUGUGGACAGGUACCUAGCUUAG